AACCGUUCGGCUCUCGGGACGCAAUUAUUGGACCGCAGUGACUUGAAAGAGACGCUUGUUGUAGUUUGUACUCUUUCGAGAACCGCCGCCGUCCGUCUAUUAAGUCCGCGUAUCAUYCGUCAGAUUAUUAUUUUUAUCAGCAUGAAGGUCUCCUACGCAGCAGCCCUCCUGUUGGCCGUCGUGGCAGCCGCUUCGUCGACGGAAGUCCAAAAGUCCGCCGCCACUCCGGCACAACAGGUGCAGUCGCCGACGACUUUCCCAGGUCCAGGAAUCGUUCCUUAUCCAGCCCAGAGCUACCAGUACAUGUCUGAGUACGCCGGGCCGAUGGCCAAGUCGUCGUUCGCACCAAAGGCCACAGUCCCGUCGUCUGCUUUCGCCGCCUACCAACCGUACCAGCAGUACAGUUUUGCACCAAACCAACAGUACUACCCKGGUUCCGGAUACACCGCCGCCGGACAGUACCCCUCGACCCCGUACUCGGCAUUCCCGUACUCGGCUCAACCGUACGCGGCUCAACCGUACGCGGCUCAACCGUACGCGGCCCAACCGUACUCUGCCCAGCCGUACUCUGCCCAACCGUACAACGGCGGCUCAUACUCUCCAUAUCCGGGCGCCUUCCCGUCGUACUACGGUAGUCAAUUCGGCGUCCCGUCCGCCGCCGCCGGUCCAUACAACAGCCAUCAUUAUUCGGCCGCUCCGYACAACGGCCACCACUCGGGUGUCUCCUCGCCGUCCGUCACUCCGUACUCGGCUCUGCCGUCCGCUUACCCACAACAACCUCUGCAGCACUCGUCGUCAUCGUUCUACAACAGCGGCGUUGCCGGUCAACAGUACAGCCCUUCCCAACAGUACCUCUCGCAACAGCAACAGUAUCCGUCACAGCAGUACCAGUCAAUCUACGCCAACUCACCGGCCGCCAACGCCCCCGCCCCCGCCUCCGCCACCGCUGUCUCCGAUUCCGUCAAGGCCUCGUCCGAGAGAAAAUGAACGAUUGAUCAUCAUCAUGGAGGAAAGCCCAACGGCGCAGGACUUUUGACUUAUUAUUUGACUACUUAGGAUAUAAUAUGAUAUUAUUACUAUUUAUUUCUGCGAUACCGAAUUGCCAUAUAUUUUAUUAAAAUUUAAUAAAAAUUAAGCUUAAUAUAUAUU